UUUCAACGUUGAAUGAAGAGGAUUCAUCGGCUUGAUGAGUGGAAGGGCUAUGCACCACGGCAUUUUUUUUAAAAAGCAUCAAAUUCCCCCGUGAGGAACAUGUCACACUCGCUCACUUUACACUCACAUCAAUCAAUCAAUCACUCACUCACUCACUCUGCACUUACUCACUUUGAACCCACUCGUUUGACACUCACUCGACGCUGGUACCCGGCCAUUUUGGACUUCAAAACUCCAUUUCGCAGCCCCCGGAACAAAUAACCUCGACAACUUACCUCCUGGCCUUGUACGUGAUACCCACUACAGUAACCAUGGGCAUUGCUCAGAGCAUAUCGGCCGAGAUUGAAAUCCAGGCGCCGCCUGCUGCUGUAAGAUCGGUAUUUCUGGACUUCCAGGGAUACAAGAAAUGGAGUGAGAAAUGGAAACUCGAGCCCACAGAGCCCGGCAAGAGCCCAUCGGACCUGAAAAACGGAGACCAGAUCCAGGUCGUCAUGGGGGACAUGAAGUUUAAGCCGGUGAUCAAGGAAAACACGAGCGAAGCCCUGCACUGGCUAGGCUCGCUGCCGGUCAUCUUCAACGGCCUGCACCAGUUCUACUUCCAGCCCAGCCAGGUGAACCCCGGGGGCACGAGGUUCGUCCAAAUCGAGAACUUUUCGGGCCUUCUCGCGUUUCUCAUGAGGCCGGGAUGGUCUUUCAGAGAGAAGACGCUUGUCGGGUGGAAUCAGUUUAACGAAGAGCUGAAGAAGGAAGUGGAGGGACGGUCGACAUGAGACUUAUGUCAAGCUGGGGGAGGGAGGAGGUUGUUAUUCACACUCAAGGUACCUCCUACAUAACAGCAUAUUUUCAGCGGUAGUUGGGAGUUUCUUGGAUGAGUUGUGCUGUACGCUUUU